AUGACUCCCCCAUUGCCGUUUAGGUGGCUCAUCCGUGCCAGUUAUGGCGAUCCGGCGUCCGUCAUGGCACCCUUCUUUGCAAAUCGAAUCAACGUGUCGGAGCCCGCUCACAUAUCUAAAGCCAUACAAUUCGCGACGGAUCAUAACAUCCGCCUCACGAUCAGGAAUACCGGGCACGAUUACAACGGCAAGUCUACCGGAGCUGGUGCCAUUGGAAUCUGGACACACCAUAUGAAAGAUAUUGAGAUCAUGGACUAUGAGAGCCCCUACUACGUUGGGAAAGCCAUGAAAAUGGGAGCAGGCAUCCAAGGCUUCGAAGCAUAUAGAGCUGCCGAUGCAGUCGGUUUAUUGGUGCUUGGUGGCGAAUGCCCGACCAUUGGCCUCGCAGGCGGCUACACGCAAGGAGGAGGCCACUCGGCGCUAGCGUCGAAGUACGGACUAGCUGCCGAUCAAACGCUAGAAUGGGAAGCCAUCGAUGGGACAGGAAAGUACCACAAAGCUAGUCGAAGCGAGAAGUCAGAUCUUUUUUGGGCUUUAAGUGGUGGAGGAGGAGGCACGUACGGAGUGGUCGUGUCUCUGACUAUCAAAGCGCAUGAGAACAUCCCUGUUUCCGGCGCCAAUUUGACCUUUUCGAACGAGGGCAUUUCGCAAGACGCUUACUACGAAGCUGUAUCUGCCUAA